AUGGAGUUUGGUGUGGCAGCAUUUGGCGCGCUAGCUGCUGUCGUCAUCUCCAAGCUCUGCGUGGUGAUGGAAACAAAGUUAAGGAAGAACAAGAACAUAAGAGCUGAUGUGUUGUUCGUCAAGGAUGAUCUCGAGGCGAUCAAAGAUGUCAUUCAACGGCCUGCUCGCUACCGUGUACAUGCAGUAUUUAUUGUACAACUGAGGCGGUUGGCAUAUGACAUCGAAGACCGCGUCGAUUGCUUCGACGCCCAGAAGAUGACCCUCGUGGAUUUUGGCAACAAGAUUGUUGAACUCAAGAGAAGAUCAAUUGAUCUGACAGAAAGGAUAAAGAGGUUUACCUUCCCUGCAGAAGGGGAUGACAGGACUUCUCAAGGACAUGAGGCUACUGUUGUCCCCGUACAGCUUCAGAAUCUUGGUGAUUAUAACCUGAACUGCUUGCUAUAUUUGUGCUUGUUCCCUCCUAAUCACCCUGUCAGAACUAAGCCCCUAAUAAGGAGAUGGCUUGCCGAAGGACUAGUACUAGGAGAAAAAGACGCUGUCAAGAAUUUGAAAAUUUUCACCAACCCUGGUAUCUUAAAUUCCAUCGAGAGAAGCAACAACGGGGAAGUGAGGAGAUGCCAACCUACUGAAGAGAUAUUCCAGUACAUCUCCCGUCAGUCAGUCUUGGAUGAUUUCAUAUCGUUCUGUGAUGGCACGGCUCAACCAUUGCAGCACGAAGUCGCCCGCAGGCUAUCCGUGUAUCCUCAUGCAAAUGGCGAACUGAAUUUGCCUCGAGAUUUGUCUCUUCUCCGGACCCUGGCGGUUUUCCCUACUGCUGCUGGUGGUGGUGCACCGGCUGCUGUCGCCAGCAGCAGCGACGAAGCUGUUCUUGAUUUUUCCAGGUAUGGAGUGCUGCGGGUGUUGGAUCUGAAAGAACGUGGUCCCUUGAGUGAGGACCAUCUCAAGGCUAUCUGGGGCCAGGUGCUGAUGAAAUAUCUGAGCAUCAAUCUGGGCACAGUUACUUGGAUUGAAAGGAAAAUCGGGAACCUGGAUCAGCUAGAGACCCUUGAUUUGAGUGGAGGCGAAACAGUGAUGGUGUUCAAAGAAGUCCUCCAGCUGCCCAAACUGAAGCACCUCUUUGGGAAAUUUCAGCUUACAAGUACCACCAUGUUGGCAUGGAAACUAAAGAGGUUCCUGGCAGAGAAGAGUCAGUUGGAGACGCUAGCCGGAUUUGUCACCGAUGGGACGACAGGAUUUCCACAGCUGAUGACAUGUAUGAAGAUGUUGCGCAAGGUAAAGAUAUGGUGCAUAUCCAAAGCAGGUAAAGAAAACCUGGGUGAUAUUUCAAGUGCCAUAUGGAAAUUCAGUCGUGAUGGGACCGCCGAUCCUGCUCGCGGUCGGUCCCUAACGAUCGAUUUGCAAGGAUGCUCGGGACAGUUCUUGAACACCGCACAACCACGUUAUGGUAAGGGCAUACUCGCCUCGCUCAAGCUGUGCGGUCAACUGAGCAAAUUCCCUGAGUUUGUUGCACAGCUAAGUCUUAUCAAGGAGCUGUGCCUUUGUUCGACUGGUCUGAGCUGGCAGAACAUUCGAAAUGGGCUGACCAAGGUUAAUGGACUGAAAUAUCUGAAAAUCAUUGAUGAUAACCUUGGGGUGUUCGUGCAAGCGCUGGACAUACCAAUCCAGGCUAAUCCUCUGCCUGAUCUUAUGUCACUUCAUAUCCUGUGUCAUAAUCUGGCCCAUAUUCCUGGAACUCCCGGCAUCGAAAUCGCACACAUGAAAAAUCUCAAGGAAGUUGCACUCCAUCAUCUAAUCGCGACUGGAAUACAAGAUGAAUGGAAAAAAGCUGUUGAUAACCACCCUUAUGAGCCCGUGCCCAGGCUUUUGUCCAUUCAAGUCCCCUGA